AUGACAGACCAGCAGCACUACGACAGAAACGACGCUGUCGGCAGUUCGUCACUGCCGUCUGACCAAGCGUCCGAACAAUCGGGCGAGACCCGGUGGACGCGCGAGCAGUACCAGCAGUUCAGCGGACUCGCGGUCGCGGCGCCAUUCUACCUGCUCCCGCAGCGAGAGUACAUCGCCAAGCGCCGUUACCAGCCCGAGUCUCCGAUCGUGUUCCGCACAACGACGACGGGCUAUGUAUCUCUGUUGGACGCCAUGAACGGAAACCUGGCGCAGCUGCUCGAUGCGGACGUCUCCGUCUUUUCGGGCGACAACCUCAGCCAGAAGCAGUCCAUCCGCCUGGAGAUCGUGGAGCUGAAAUCGUUCGAGAGGCAGAUCAAUGUGCGAAACCCGGCGAACCACACUCACUCUAUCACCCGGAGCAAGCUUGCCGAGAAGGUAGCGAAGGAAAUCUUCGACUACAUGAAGCGCCAACAAAGUUUCGGCGAUCCCGCCUUUGGUCUGGGCCCCGGCACGCAGGGUUUUGAGAGACUGGUGCUCCUCGAGCUCCGCCACGUCUCGCGUUCGAGCUGGCAGCCUGUGUUGGGGGUCAGGAACUGA